AGAAAAUAAUUGUGACUUAUCUCACUAAGAAGCGAUCGAGUAUUGUUUUGUUCACUACACACUAUCUCCUUUAAAACGUUAGAAAAUCUGUUGCGCUUGGGUUGUUAUCAAGUGGGCUUCAAUCCGGUAAAAUGUUUACAGCACUGUCAAUACAUUGUGCGCUGAACGUCGACAAGUGUCUUGAAAACCACAAUUGUAGCGAGAACGCCAACUGUUUAAAUAUUGAGGGAUCUCACAACUGCACUUGCUAUCCUGGAUUCAGCGGGGAUGGACAUACAUGCGAAGACAUCGACGAGUGCGUUCAAAGAACCCACAGCUGCAGCAAGAACGCCAACUGUACAAACACCGAGGGAUCUUAUAACUGUUUAUGCAAUCCAGGAUUCAGCGGGGAUAGACAUGAAUGCCAAGACAUUGACGAGUGUUCUCAAAACAUUCACAACUGUAGCAAUAUAACCGCUACUUGUUCGAAUACCGUGGGAGCAUUCAGGUGCAUUUGUAAACCAGGAUUUAUUGGAGACGGACACAACUGCACAGACAUCGACGAGUGUCUUCAAAACCAUAAUUGUAGCGAGAACGCCAACUGUUCAAAUACCGAUGGAUCUCACAAAUGCACCUGCUAUCCUGGAUUUAGCGGAGAUGGACAUAAAUGCGAAGGCUUAGUGUGGGACAACAUGAGGUACUUACAGAGCACGCCUUUUCCGUCCUGUUAUGUUUGCCAGUAA